AUGGAGCAGACGUGUACGGAGCCUAUGAGUGGCCUGAUGGGGGAAAACAGGAGAUGGGACCCGCCCUUAACAGGUACUGUGAAAUGUAACAUUCACUCGAAUUGGAGGAACGCUAAACUGCAUAGUGGGGGCGCUUAUGUGAUUCAUGAUCAUAGAGGUGAUGUUCUUCAUCAUGCGAGAGAAGCAUUCACUUUCUCUCCUAAUAGAUUAACAUCUGAAUUGCGCUGCUUGGAAUGGGCUCUCCAAAGUAUGAAAGAUCUAGGCUGUCAGGAUGUUGUGGCUGGGUCUGAUCUGCAUGAUCUUAUCAAUGCCGUAAUGAGACAAUCGAACUGGCCAAGGUUCAGGGCAUUACUGUCAAGAGUGAGGAUACUCUGUUUGUCCUUCCCUUCCGUGGCCUUUGAAUCUGAAUCUGCAUCACCAAUUGGUAUUGUAAGGGAGAUUGCUAAGAGCGUGUUGCGGGACGGGCGUUUUCAUUCUUAUUUGGUGAUGGGUGGACCAGCUUGGCUUCACCAACAGAUAUUUAGAGAGGCAAACCUUACUCACUCGUAG